CCCCAAACACCAAAACCCUAUUCCCCUCCGCCGCCUAGCCGCCUAGCCGCCAUGGGCUCCGCCUCCGCCUCCUCCCUCCCGACCACCGCCGGCGCUGGCGAGAACUUGGUCCUCAUCCUCGACUUCGGCUCGCAGUACACCCAGCUCAUCACCCGCCGCGUCCGGCAGUUGGGAGUCCUCUCACUGUGCGUCUCCGGCACCGCGCCGCUCUCCUCCCUCACCGGGUUACGUCCCCGCGCUGUCAUACUCUCCGGAGGACCCCACUCCGUCCACGCCUCGGGCGCGCCCUCCUUCCCCGAGGGAUUCCUCGAUUUCGCUGCCGAAGCUGGCGCGCAUGUUCUGGGCGUGUGCUACGGUAUGCAGCUCCUAGUUCAGUCCCUCGGCGGCGCCGUCGAGGCUGGCGAGCGGCAGGAGUACGGCGAUACGGAGGUAGAGAUUACUGCGACGUCCUCCGCGCUGUACGGCGAGAGCGGGGUGGGGAACAGACAGUCGGUGUGGAUGAGCCACGGCGACGAGGUGGUCAGACUGCCUCAGGGGUUCGAGGUUGUGGCACGAAGUGUGCAGGGCGCAAUCGCGGCCAUCGAGCAUCGGGAGAAGCGUUUUUAUGGACUCCAGUACCACCCGGAGGUGACACAUUCGACCCAAGGAAAGGAAACACUGCGCCGCUUUCUUUUUGAUGUUUGUGGGAUUAAAGCUGACUGGAAGAUUCAGGAUGUGCUGGAUGAGCAAAUUAAGACCAUCAAAAGUAUGGUUGGGACUGAUGAACAUGUGAUUUGCGCGUUAUCAGGAGGAGUUGAUUCGACAGUUGCAGCCACACUUGUUCAUAACGUGAUAGGUGAUAGGCUUCAUUGUGUUUUUGUCGACAAUGGUCUAUUGAGAUACAAGGAGAAGGAACGAGUAAUGUCAACCUUUAAUAGUGACUUGCACCUUCCUGUCACAUGUAUUGAUGCCUCGGAGCAAUUUCUUAGCAAGUUAAAAGGAGUCAAAGACCCAGAGAUGAAAAGAAAGAUUGUUGGCAAAGAAUUCAUAGCUGUCUUUGAUGAAUUUGCUCACAUGUUAGAACAGCAGACAGGAAAAAGACCUGAAUAUUUAGUUCAAGGAACAUUAUACCCUGAUGUGAUUGAAUCAUGCCCACCCCCUGGGAGUGGUAUGACACAUUCCCACACCAUCAAAAGCCAUCACAAUGUAGGUGGUCUUCCUGAAGAUAUGAAAUUGAAGCUCAUUGAACCACUGAAGCUCCUAUUUAAGGAUGAGGUGCGGAAGUUGGGCAGUAUCUUAAAUAUCCCAGAGUCAUUCUUAAGGUGACACCCAUUUCCUGGGCCUGGUCUUGCUGUACGUAUCCCAUCAGGUGAUGUUACAGAAGGCAAUGCUUUGGAGGUUCUUCGUCAGGCGGAUGAGAUAUAUGUUCAAGCCAUUAGAGAUGCAGGACUCUAUGAUACAAUUUGGCAAGCUUUUGCUGUGCUUUUGCCUGUCGAAACAGUUGGGGUCCAGGGUGACCAGAGAACUUACGGCUAUCCGGUUACUUUAAAGGCAAUUACCAGUGAGGAUGGCAUGACUGCAGAUUGGUAUUAUUUUGAACGCAAGUUCCUGGCCGAUGUGUCGAAUAGGAUCUGCAACAAUGUGCGAGGUAUUAACCGUGUUUGCCUGGAGAAAACAUCGAAGCCACCAGCGACAGUGGAGUGGGAAUAGCCUGAUAGUACACUAAAGGACCGGGAAUCGCAAAUCAUGCUCAGAUGUUGCAUCAUUUGAGUGGAUGUUCUUAUGCUGUGAUCAUUUAACACAUAACGCCAAUUACCAGAUCAUUGUUUAGGGCUCCUAGAUGAAUCUCCUUGCCGUGAAAGAUGAUCAAAGCUUUGAAACUGCACUUAUAAAUGUUCUUUCUAUUAUUAAAUUAUAUUUCCCCGCCUUUCUAGAGCCUUUUGGACGGUUGUAUCUAGCAAAUUUAUAGCAAUACCACAUAUGUAAUGCAAGUGUAAUAGUAUAUGUUAGCAGUGAUGGUUUUAGCAAAUUCAAAAUCUCUUGUAAACCAUUAUGAUACCACUUUUGAUGGCACUAUGUUGGUCUAAUGACAA